GAAAGCCCAGCAGAUGAAGACGUUUCCCUCGAGUUGGAGACAUGAGUUAAAUGAUAGAGUUAGACAUACGGUUCGUCAUCUCUAAUUACCCAAACCCCUCCAUCCUCUCUCAACGAACGCCUUCUUCUUCUUCUUCUUCUUCUCUGGGCGAAAAAGUUUAUUCCUUAAUAAAUGGCAGUUUCUCUUAAUGUAAACCUUCACCAACCUUCGCUUAGCUGUAGAACCAAGCUUUAUUCUGGAUUAAAGCUUCAAUCUCCAAGUUUAUUUCAAACUGAAUAUCCUAAUGUGAGUGCAGAAUUCUAUGGCAGAGUUCAUAAGAGCCUCCAGUGCAGAAUUAAUCAUAGACCAACAAGGUCACGAAUUGGAAUGAUGCCUAUAGGGACUCCAAGAGUGCCUUACAGAAAACCAGCGGAGGGAACUUGGCAGUGGGUGGAUAUAUGGAAUGCCCCUGGUAAGUUAUCUUAUCGAGAGCGUGUCAUUUUCAUUGGACAACACAUAGAUGAAGAAUUUAGUAACCAAAUAUUGGCAACAAUGUUGUACCUUGACAGUAUUGAUGAUUCCAGAAGGAUUUACUUGUAUAUAAAUGGCCCUGGUGGUGAUAUUACUCCGAGCAUGGCUAUCUACGACACCAUGCAAAGCUUGAAGAGUCCAGUUGGCACCCAUUGUGUUGGCUAUGCUUAUAAUCUAGCAGGCUUUCUUCUUGCAGCUGGGGAAAAGGGCAAUCGAUUUGCAAUGCCUCUUUCAAGAAUUGCUCUACAAUCUCCAGCUGGAUCAGCCCGUGGUCAGGCGGAUGACAUUCGUAAUGAAGCAACUGAGCUUCUUAGAAUUAGAGAUUAUCUCUUCAAUGAAUUGGCAAAGAAAACUGGCCAGCCUAUUGAAAAGGUUAACAAAGAUUUAAGUAGGAUGAAACGCUUCAAUGCUCAGGAGGCUCUUGAGUAUGGGCUUAUUGAUCGUAUUGUGAGGCCACCACGUAUAAAGGCUGAUGCACCUCGGAAAGACACAACUGCUGGUCUUGGUUAGCUUUUAUGCAUAUUCUCGCCAAUUGACUGAUAGCUGUAACAACUAUUAGUAUGUACGCUAAGAUUAUCUACUUGUACAACUUGCUGAUUUGUUAUGAAAUUUUUGCAUUGGGGCUUGCAAUGAUUUUGAUGAUGAAUCUCCCAGUGUCGGAGAAUUGUAAAAUUUCCCAA